UCACAACAACCACCACUCCUGCACUUCCCAUUUUAAAGAAUACACAUACUUCACCAAUACAUUGUGUUAUACAAUACAUUGUGUUAUACAAUACAUAAAAAAUCAAUUCCCAAUUUUUUUUUGUUUUGGUUGUGAUCGAUGGAGAGUUACUUGAAGAAAUGGUGCUUAGUUUCUAUGUUUGUUUUGUAUUUGGGUUUAAGGUUUAAGGUAAAAGCAGAGCCUCAAGUUCCAUGUUACUUCAUCUUUGGUGAUUCUUUGGUUGAUAAUGGAAACAACAAUCGUCUUGCCUCUAUUGCACGAGCUGAUUAUUACCCUUACGGCAUUGAUUUGGGUCGCCCAACCGGCCGCUUUUCCAACGGAAAAACUACCGUCGACGAGAUAGCUGAGCUACUUGGAUUUGAUAACUACAUUCCCGCGUAUAGUGAUGUUAGUGGCGAGCAGUUACUUCAAGGAGUCAACUACGCAUCUGCAGCUGCUGGAAUCAGAGAAGAAACCGGUCAACAGUUGGGACAAAGGAUAACUUUUAGAGGACAAGUUCAAAAUUAUCUGAACACAGUGUCACAAGUGGUACAGAUUCUUGGAGAUGAGAAUAGUGCGGCUGAUUACCUUAGGCAAUGCAUUUACUCUGUUGGUUUGGGAAGCAAUGACUAUCUUAAUAACUAUUUCAUGCCUCAAUUCUACUCCACUAGCAGACAGUACACCCCCGAACAAUAUGCUGAUGAUCUUAUCAAUCGUUACAAAGACCAGCUCAAUGCACUAUACAACUAUGGAGCUAGAAAGUUUGCACUGGUAGGAGUGGGAGCCAUCGGGUGUAGCCCGAACUCCCUUGCAACGGGCAGCCCCGAUGGAACAACUUGCGUGGAAAGUAUCAACUCGGCCAACAGAAUCUUCAACAGCAGGCUUAAGUCUAUGGUCCAACAGCUCAACAACGACCACUCUGAUGCUAGGUUUACAUACAUUAAUGCUUAUGGCGUUUUCCAGGACAUAAUCGCCAAUCCCUCUGCUUAUGGGUUUAGGGUAACGAACGCUGCGUGUUGCGGAGUUGGAAGAAAUGGAGGUCAGCUUACAUGUCUACCAGGACAAAGCCCGUGUCCGAACCGAGAUGAGUACGUGUUUUGGGAUGCAUUUCAUCCAACGGAUCAUGCGAACACGAUCAUAGCACAACGAUCUUACAAUGCGCAAUCGUCUGAUGACGUUUAUCCAAUUGAUAUUUCAGCGUUAGCACGGCUUUAAAAGAAAAGAGAAUAGGAGACUUCUCAACCAAGUGUAUGUUUUCAUAUUUUAAAUUCAGUUGUUUGGAAAAAGAUUGUGAAGUUAUGUGUUCCCAAAUAAUGACAAAUAUAAGGGAUAUUGACACAGCUUCACUGAAAUUGAAUCUAGUAUGCUUGGAAAAUAUAUAAUAUCAAAUGUUAAGUUUGAUCA